AUGAACACCUUAGAGCCGUUGUAUGAACAAUAUAUUGGCGAACACUCUUCAUUUCAACCCAGCACUCAUGGGUACAGAGCUGUUUUGAAGACCCUACAGCUGUCACACCAGCAGAAGGAUCAAGGCAACAUUGGAGUUGUGAGAUUACUCAGCAAGUCUCCAGUGUGUGUACCGGCCGGCCGCACUGUUGUCAUCGAGGGCUCAGCUAAAGUCUCCUCUCCACCUUCAAGCCAGAGUGUCCUCCUACAACAUCCUGCUUCCACCCUGCCUGGUGGUCUUUGUGUCAGCAGUUGUCUCAUCUCUCUUCAAGCUUUUUCCUCUCACAAGCUUCCUGUAGUCAUCACAAAUGAAUCCGAGCAAGACGCAUUCAUUCCACCCUACAGUGUUGUUGCGGAUCUUGAGACCUACCACUGCAUCCUCAAUGAACAUCGGGUCACUCAUCCUCCAGCUGGGAGAGCAUCAUCCAGCUUGAACAUCGACUUCGGUGACUCUCCGUUGCCAACAGAGUGGAAGGAGAGAGUCAAAGAGAAGCUCAACGCGAUUUCGGAGGUUUUCUCACAACACGAUCUGGAUUUUGGAUGCACAACAGCCAUCAAGCAUCAUAUUCCACUCCAUGACAGUACACCAUUCAAACAGCGUGCUCGGCCUAUCCAUCCUCAGGAUAUCGAAGCAGUCCGUCGUCAUCUUCGGGAGCUUCUGGAAGCCGGGGUCAUAAGGGAAUCAUCAUCACCCUUCUCAUCUCCUGUCGUGGUGGUUCGAAAGAAGAAUGGUGAUAUCAGAUUAUGUAUUGAUUACCGUAAAUUAAACCUCCAGACCAUAAAAGAUGCAUAUGCCUUACCCAACCUUGAAGAGUCAUUUUCAGCCCUAUCUGGUUCCAAAUGGUUCUCAGUUCUUGACCUGAAAUCCGGUUAUUACCAGAUUGAAAUGUAUGAGGAAGAUAAACCCAAGACCGCCUUUGUUACUCCCCUUGGAUUUUGGGAGUUUAACAGAAUGCCCCAAGGUGUCACCAAUGCUCCAAGCACAUUUCAGCGGUUGAUGGAGCGGUGCAUGGGUGACCUCCAUCUGAAGGAGGUGCUUGUAUUCUUGGAUGACCUCAUAAUCUUCUCUAACUCCUUGGAGGAGCACGAAUGCAGAUUACUGAGAGUCUUGAACCGGCUGCAUCAAUACGGGCUGAAGUUGUCAACUGAGAAGUGUCGAUUCUUCCAAACAUCUGUUCGCUACUUGGGACACAUCGUGUCAGAACGAGGCAUGGAGACAGACCCGGAAAAGAUUGAAACCAUAAAAACCUGGCCAAUCCCCACCACGCUGAAACAACUGCGUUCUUUUCUGGGCUUUGCAGGAUAUUACCGCCGGCUCAUCAAAGACUACGCCAUCAUAGCCAAACCACUUAAUAACCUAACUCGAGGGUAUGCUCCUGUUCAAAAGUCAAAGAAACCGGGACCUCACAAGACACCUACCUACAAUCCAAAUCAGCCAUUUGGAGAGCGCUGGAGUCCCAAUUGUCAGUCGGCUUUCGAGACCCUGAUAAAGAAACUCACCACCGCUCCAGUCCUUGGAUUUGCAGACUCCUCUCGUCCGUACAUCCUCCACACUGAUGCAAGCGUGACUGGUUUAGGAGCUGCACUUUACCAGGAACAAGAAGGGAAGCUGAGGGUCAUAGCCUACGCCAGCCGUGGGUUAUCACAGAGCGAGAGCCACUACCCAGCCCAUAAACUGGAAUUUCUGGCCCUUAAAUGGAGUGUGACCGAGAAAUUCCAGGACUAUUUGUACGGAGCAGAGUUCACCGUGGUCACUGACAGCAACCCGCUCACCUACAUCCUAACCUCUGCAAAAUUGGAUGCCACAGGUCACCGUUGGUUGGCUGCCUUAUCUACCUACACCUUCAAACUCCUGUACCGGGCUGGUAAGCAGAACAUCGAUGCUGACGCGCUCUCGCGACGCCCUCAUCUGUGCUCUAGUGGAGAAGCCCCACAAGACAAUGAACUUCUGAAUCAAUUCAUCUCCCAGCAUACAGUGGAUUCUGAUGCCAUCUCAGGAGAAAUUGUGAAUGCCAUCUGCCAAAAUCAUCUGGUUCGAGCUUCACAGCCGGAGGACCAAGGGCAGAUCGGUCUCACCCUCGUUGAGUCCCUAUCCAUCAAUGCUGACACCCUACUUGACAGCUACAUCUCCGAAGAUCUCCACCAGUUGCCAUUUAUCCCUACUCUCGACAUCAGAGAGAAACAACACUCAGAUCCCUCCAUCCGAGAGCUCAUCCAUCAACUUGAGACGGGGGAGAAGAUCCCACCUACUGUAAGAGCAGAGCUCCCAGAACUUCCCCUCAUGCUUAGAGAGUGGUCAAAGUUGGAGCUUGUGGAUGGGAUACUGUACCGACGGAGACAGGAUAAUGAGGAUCUCUCAUAUCAACUCGUCGUCCCGGAAGAUCUGCGUCCACUGGUCCUGAGAAGUCUCCAUGACGACAUGGGCCACAUGGGGAUCGAUCGUACACUCGACCUCGUCCGUACGAGAUUCUACUGGCCCAAAAUGGCAACAGACGUGGAGCAGAAGAUAAAAACUUGUGGCCGCUGUGUGCGCAGAAAAGCCUUACCGGAGAGAGCUGCUCAACUUGUCAGCAUCAUAACAUCACGACCGCUUGAACUCCUUUGCAUGGAUUUUCUCAGCCUCGAACCCGAUUCCAGCAACACUCAGAACAUCCUAGUCCUCACUGAUCAUUUCACCAAAUUUGCCGUUGCCAUCCCCACGCCCAAUCAAACCGCAAAGACUGUGGCAAAAACCUUAUGGGAGAACUUUAUCAUCUACUAUGGCAUUCCAGAGCGAAUACACACAGAUCAAGGGCGUGAUUUUGAGUCAAAGUUAAUUAAAGAACUUUGUGAGGUUGCUGGCAUUCAGAAGAGCCGCACCACGCCGUACCAUCCGAGAGUAAAUCCGGUGGAGCGCUUCAAUCGGACAUUGUUGCAAAUGUUAGGUACCCUGGAGCCAAAACAAAAGGCAAGGUGGAAGGACCAUGUCAAGCCACUGGUUCAUGCUUAUAAUUGCACCAGAAACGAGGUUACGGGGUUUACUCCCUAUGAACUCAUGUUUGGACGAACCCCUCGGUUACCAGUUGAUAUUGCAUUUGGGCUGCCAGUGCGGGACCCUCAGAACAAGAACCAUUCCCAAUACAUUCAAGCUCUGAAAUCAAGGCUCCAAGAAAGUUUCAAAAUUGCUGCCAAAAACUCCUUGAAAUCUACCGAUCGUAACAAAGCCCGAUUUGACAGUCGAGUAAUCCCAUCAGCCUUGGUACCAGGAGAUCGUGUACUCGUCAGGAAUGUCCGCCUACGUGGGAAACAGAAGCUCUCUGACAAAUGGGAGCAAGAGGUCUAUGUUGUAGUCCAUAGAGCAGGAGAUCUUCCAGUCUAUAAAGUGAAGCCAGAACAUGGCAAUGGACCAAUGCGGACACUGCACCGAGACCUCCUCCUGCCAUGUGCCUUUCUCAAGGACAACAAUAACUCGCAAUCUGAAACAAAUUCACCUGUCCAAAGGCCCAGAACCCGACAGCAAAUGAAAAGAGCAAACCUUGCCACCGACAUUCCUGCUGAAGAGGAUGACAAUCCAGAACCAUUAACACCUUACCUGAGUUUGCCAACAGUCCAUUUUACAGUGGAGAGACAAUCUUCCAUUCCUGUCUUGGAUCCACCCACUGAGAAUGACAGCCAAAGGCUUUCAGCCUCCGAUCAUCCAGUUGAAGCUGAAGACCAAAGGGAGCCACCAGCUUCCUUCUCCAAUGCUCCAGUCACCGAAUCCAGCAGUGAACAGUCUGAUGUGCAAGGAAAUGAACCUGAAACUGAGGAAAACCAACCGCAUGAGGUGGACUAUGACACAUGGCGUUCAGGGGUGGACCUCAUUCUGAAAGACUCUGCCAUUUCGGACACCCAGCAAUCCAGGUACAUCCUCGACAGUCUUCUGCCACCUGCUGCAGACAUAGUGAAACAUCUCAGCACCGACUUGCCGGCAGAAAUUUACAUUCAACAUCUUGACUCGGCGUAUGGGACAGUACAAGAUGGAGAAGAACUCUAUGUUAAAUUUAUGAGCACUCUACAAGACUCCGGGGAGAGACCAUCUGCAUAUCUACACCGAUUGCAGGUAGCCCUGAGUUUAGCCGUCAAGCGGGGAGGAGUGAAGCAGAGUGAUUUCAACAGACACCUGCUCAGUCAGUUUUGUAGGGGAUGCUGGGAUGACAGUCUCAUCUCUGAGCUCCAGCUGAAGCAGAGGAAGACAAAUCCACCUCCAUUUUCGGAACUGUUAAUGCUGUUGAGAACUGAAGAGGACCGUGAAGCAAACAAGGCUCAACGGAUGAAGCAACAUCUGGGAACAUCUAAGAGAGUUGCUGCUCAAGCUCAGUUCGCAGUGGAAGAAGAUGGAGUGUGUGCUGCCAUUUCCUCCCUCUCAAAACAAGUUGCGGAACUGCAACGGCAGCUGGCCGCUCUCACUGCCUCCCAGUCCAGUUCUCAUUUCGCUCAGUCUCAUCCAGUCCCAAAGCCACACCCACAACAGAAGAUAUCGUCAUCAUCUUCGUGUCCGAAGCCUGGGUUCUGUUUUCGUUGCGGAGAAGAUGGACAUAUCAAGCCACAGUGUGUGAACCGUCCUAACCCGGCACUCGUUAGCUCCAAACGCAAACAAUACAGUGACAAGAAGCAACAGUGGCAGCAACAAAAUCAACCCCCACGAACUGCGCAGGGCCAACACUGUCCCGCCAAGAAAAAGCAAGCUCAUUGUGCAGAAUUACAACAGCUCAGUCCAGGGCCAACAACAAGGCUGCCUAAGGGACUGAUUGGACCAAGAUGCACGGCAGAGAUCAAUAUUUCUGGUCACGUUCAUCAGUGCCUGCUCGACACCGGAUCACAAGUGACCACGAUACCAGUUUCAUUUUACAACCGCCAUCUGCAUGAACAGCCCAUUUAUCCACUGCAUGACCUACUUCAGGUUGAAGGCGCUGCUGGUCAUAACGUUCCAUAUCUUGGUUACGUCAGCAUAACAGUACAGUUCCCCAGAGACUUCAUUGGCAAACAACGUGACAUCUCCACACUCGCUCUAGUUGUUCCAGACACCCGUCCCGAUGUUUCAUCUAUGCUACUUAUCGGCAUGAACACCUUAGAGCCGUUGUAUGAACAAUAUAUUGGCGAACACUCUUCAUUUCAACCCAGCACUCAUGGGUACAGAGCUGUUUUGAAGACCCUACAGCUGUCACACCAGCAGAAGGAUCAAGGCAACAUUGGAGUUGUGAGAUUACUCAGCAAGUCUCCAGUGUGUGUACCGGCCGGCCGCACUGUUGUCAUCGAGGGCUCAGCUAAAGUCUCCUCUCCACCUUCAAGCCAGAGUGUCCUCCUACAACAUCCUGCUUCCACCCUGCCUGGUGGUCUUUGUGUCAGCAGUUGUCUCAUCUCUCUUCAAGCUUUUUCCUCUCACAAGCUUCCUGUAGUCAUCACAAAUGAAUCCGAGCAAGACGCAUUCAUUCCACCCUACAGUGUUGUUGCGGAUCUUGAGACCUACCACUGCAUCCUCAAUGAACAUCGGGUCACUCAUCCUCCAGCUGGGAGAGCAUCAUCCAGCUUGAACAUCGACUUCGGUGACUCUCCGUUGCCAACAGAGUGGAAGGAGAGAGUCAAAGAGAAGCUCAACGCGAUUUCGGAGGUUUUCUCACAACACGAUCUGGAUUUUGGAUGCACAACAGCCAUCAAGCAUCAUAUUCCACUCCAUGACAGUACACCAUUCAAACAGCGUGCUCGGCCUAUCCAUCCUCAGGAUAUCGAAGCAGUCCGUCGUCAUCUUCGGGAGCUUCUGGAAGCCGGGGUCAUAAGGGAAUCAUCAUCACCCUUCUCAUCUCCUGUCGUGGUGGUUCGAAAGAAGAAUGGUGAUAUCAGAUUAUGUAUUGAUUACCGUAAAUUAAACCUCCAGACCAUAAAAGAUGCAUAUGCCUUACCCAACCUUGAAGAGUCAUUUUCAGCCCUAUCUGGUUCCAAAUGGUUCUCAGUUCUUGACCUGAAAUCCGGUUAUUACCAGAUUGAAAUGUAUGAGGAAGAUAAACCCAAGACCGCCUUUGUUACUCCCCUUGGAUUUUGGGAGUUUAACAGAAUGCCCCAAGGUGUCACCAAUGCUCCAAGCACAUUUCAGCGGUUGAUGGAGCGGUGCAUGGGUGACCUCCAUCUGAAGGAGGUGCUUGUAUUCUUGGAUGACCUCAUAAUCUUCUCUAACUCCUUGGAGGAGCACGAAUGCAGAUUACUGAGAGUCUUGAACCGGCUGCAUCAAUACGGGCUGAAGUUGUCAACUGAGAAGUGUCGAUUCUUCCAAACAUCUGUUCGCUACUUGGGACACAUCGUGUCAGAACGAGGCAUGGAGACAGACCCGGAAAAGAUUGAAACCAUAAAAACCUGGCCAAUCCCCACCACGCUGAAACAACUGCGUUCUUUUCUGGGCUUUGCAGGAUAUUACCGCCGGCUCAUCAAAGACUACGCCAUCAUAGCCAAACCACUUAAUAACCUAACUCGAGGGUAUGCUCCUGUUCAAAAGUCAAAGAAACCGGGACCUCACAAGACACCUACCUACAAUCCAAAUCAGCCAUUUGGAGAGCGCUGGAGUCCCAAUUGUCAGUCGGCUUUCGAGACCCUGAUAAAGAAACUCACCACCGCUCCAGUCCUUGGAUUUGCAGACUCCUCUCGUCCGUACAUCCUCCACACUGAUGCAAGCGUGACUGGUUUAGGAGCUGCACUUUACCAGGAACAAGAAGGGAAGCUGAGGGUCAUAGCCUACGCCAGCCGUGGGUUAUCACAGAGCGAGAGCCACUACCCAGCCCAUAAACUGGAAUUUCUGGCCCUUAAAUGGAGUGUGACCGAGAAAUUCCAGGACUAUUUGUACGGAGCAGAGUUCACCGUGGUCACUGACAGCAACCCGCUCACCUACAUCCUAACCUCUGCAAAAUUGGAUGCCACAGAUCAAGGGCGUGAUUUUGAGUCAAAGUUAAUUAAAGAACUUUGUGAGGUUGCUGGCAUUCAGAAGAGCCGCACCACGCCGUACCAUCCGAGAGUAAAUCCGGUGGAGCGCUUCAAUCGGACAUUGUUGCAAAUGUUAGGUACCCUGGAGCCAAAACAAAAGGCAAGGUGGAAGGACCAUGUCAAGCCACUGGUUCAUGCUUAUAAUUGCACCAGAAACGAGGUUACGGGGUUUACUCCCUAUGAACUCAUGUUUGGACGAACCCCUCGGUUACCAGUUGAUAUUGCAUUUGGGCUGCCAGUGCGGGACCCUCAGAACAAGAACCAUUCCCAAUACAUUCAAGCUCUGAAAUCAAGGCUCCAAGAAAGUUUCAAAAUUGCUGCCAAAAACUCCUUGAAAUCUACCGAUCGUAACAAAGCCCGAUUUGACAGUCGAGUAAUCCCAUCAGCCUUGGUACCAGGAGAUCGUGUACUCGUCAGGAAUGUCCGCCUACGUGGGAAACAGAAGCUCUCUGACAAAUGGGAGCAAGAGGUCUAUGUUGUAGUCCAUAGAGCAGGAGAUCUUCCAGUCUAUAAAGUGAAGCCAGAACAUGGCAAUGGACCAAUGCGGACACUGCACCGAGACCUCCUCCUGCCAUGUGCCUUUCUCAAGGACAACAAUAACUCGCAAUCUGAAACAAAUUCACCUGUCCAAAGGCCCAGAACCCGACAGCAAAUGAAAAGAGCAAACCUUGCCACCGACAUUCCUGCUGAAGAGGAUGACAAUCCAGAACCAUUAACACCUUACCUGAGUUUGCCAACAGUCCAUUUUACAGUGGAGAGACAAUCUUCCAUUCCUGUCUUGGAUCCACCCACUGAGAAUGACAGCCAAAGGCUUUCAGCCUCCGAUCAUCCAGUUGAAGCUGAAGACCAAAGGGAGCCACCAGCUUCCUUCUCCAAUGCUCCAGUCACCGAAUCCAGCAGUGAACAGUCUGAUGUGCAAGGAAAUGAACCUGAAACUGAGGAAAACCAACCGCUGAAGGUCCUGCUGACGAGUCCAAUUCAGUUAAGCCACCUGACAAUGACUCUGACGUAA